AUGGAAUACCCCCCGCCCUUCUCAGACUCACAGCUGGAGGACCUGGUCUCGGAUAUCAAAGAUUGGCAGAUAACUCAUGGCUCCCUCCUGAAAUUAGUCAACACAGACCAAGACAGCACCGUUCUCACUCACCCAGUUGGAGCAUGUCUGUUCCCCACCCUCUUCCCCAAAGAGCUGUUCGAACAAGCACUUGGUCUACAAAAAGUAUACAAUAAACUGUAUGCCAGGGUUGCCGAAGAUGAAGAGUGGCUAUAUGAGACGCUCAAGGACGACGAGUUCGCGAGGAUUCUAUGGGAUAUUCAUGAGGAGGUGAAGAAGGAGGGAUAUGUGCAAGACCACACCUUGGGGAUCUUCCGUUCAGAUUAUAUGCUUGAUGCCAACCCAGCCGGCCAAGUAAAACUCAAGCAAGUUGAAUUCAACACCAUUUCCUGUGCGGGAGGCAUACACAGCAAUCUCAUCUCAGACAUGCAUCGGUGUCUCCAGCGACGCGGAGCAUACUUACCAGCUGUACCCAUUGACACGACAACGCCAAUCAACCUAUCGGCAUCACACUUACCGCCAAGUCACACCCUCAGCACCGUAACAGCUGGUCUUAUCGCCGCUCAUACUAUAUACGGACCCCGCAAGUCACCAGCCGCGGAACAGACUUGCAUCCUCUUCGUCGUGCAACCCCGCAACUUCAACAUCGCAGACGAACGGCCCAUCGAAUACGCACUCUGGGACCAAAACAUCCCCACCUUCCGCGUAGAGCUGACCCCCGAAGUCCUGGCCCACACCUCCCUCACACCCACCCGAGAACUCCUCUACCACCCGCCGUCUCGCCCAGCAGCAGCUCCGCUGGAAGUCAGCGUAGUGUAUUUCCGCGCUGGGUUCGAGCCCGAGGAGUACAGCGGACCUGGGUGUGGAGAUGCACGGGAGGCACGAGUGAGGGUAGAGCUAUCGAAGGCGGUGAAAUGCCCAUCUAUUCUAUCCCACUUGAUAACUUUCAAGAAAGUCCAGCAAGCGCUAGCUAUACCGGGGGUAUUGCGGCAGUUUCUAUCGUCAUCUGGUGAGGCUGUCGCUAUCACGAAUACGUUUGCGCGGCUAUAUCCCAUGGAUACAUCUGUUGCUGGGCUUGAAGCGAGAAAGCUCGCAAUGGACGAAGAGGCUUCAGAAGGGUACGUCUUGAAGCCUUCACUUGAAGGAGGAGGGCACAACGUUUACGGCUCUUCAAUCCCCGCCUUCUUGACAUGUACGCCGGAAGAGACAUGGAGUCGUUACAUCCUCAUGAGUAAAAUUGCCUCCCCGAACGUUCAGAAUUUAUUGAUGUCACCACAAGGUCUUUACAAAGGCCCAGUCAUUUCUGAACUGGGUGUGUUUGGGGUCUGUCUCUGGAGACGAAGUGCAGAAUCAGAGGGGCGUGUGGAGAUGGUUGAGGAUAAGGAGCCGUGUUGUUGGUCAUUCAAGACGAAAAGUGCCGGCGUAGAUGAGAUGAGCGUUGUGAAGGGGUAUGGGUGUUUUGAUAGUCCUGCGUUGGUGGACAAUGAUGUGUUUAUGGCAUGUUGUCGUGAUGGAGAACAGAGCUGA